GACAAUGACAGUGACGUUAGAUGAUGCUUUAUGACCACCUGAAGAGCUUCAGUACAGACAAGAACAAUCGCUGAUAUUGCCUUGAUUGAAAAACGGUUUGAUAUUUCUACUUUAACUUCUCUCUUCUAAUUAAUAAUUACAGGAAUAAUUUGAGCCCUUGAAAAAACAACUUAAGAUGGCGGUGUUACAAAUGGUACUGCUGCUCUGUGUUGGGAUUUCGUUUGCGAAAGAUUCAUGUUCAACAAAUGUGAACAUUUAUGCUGAGCUCGAGAAACUGAAAAACAUGGAUGAAAGGAUAGAAAAAUUAGAAGGAACACUGGACAAAGUGUUGAGUGAGAAUGUAGCUUUGAAAACCACAGUACAAGAUUCACAAAAUAAGCUUAAAUCUUUACAAAUGGAGAACGAAGCUUUGAAAACCACAGUACAAGAUUCACAAAAUAAGCUUAAAUCUUUACAAAUGGAGAAUGAAGCUUUGAAAACCACAGUACAAGAUUCACAAAAUAAGCUUAAAUCUUUACAAAUGGAGAACGAAGCCAAAAAGGUAGCCUUUUCUGCUGGACUUCUGGAAUCUGGAUCAGGAAACACUGGGCCCAUUAAUACUCAGAAAACUCUGGUCUACAAAAAAGUCUUCAGUAAUAUCGGAGGUGCCUAUGACUCAAAUACUGGUAUUUUUACAGCACCAAGAAAAGGAGCGUAUUACUUCAGAUUUUACGGUCAUUGUCAUGGUGGAACCACAAUGGCAGUCACUCUCUUGAAGAAUGGUAAAACCCAGUGCUCUCUGCAUUCUUGGAAGCCUGCCUCCAACAGUAAUGCCAGCAAUGGUGUUGUUCUCACACUGGAGACCGGUGAUCAAAUUUCUACACAACUUUGGGCGAACACCUGGGUUUAUGAUGAUCCAGCAAGUUACACCAGUUUUGGUGGUUUUCUGCUUUUCCCCAUGUGAAAGUCCGAAUCUUAUAACCCAUAACCUAAGGAUCCUCAAAUGUAAUCUGUGUUUUUUUUUUUUUUUUUUUUGCUUCAAGAGAGCAACCAUACAUUUGUGUUGUGUUUUACUUUCUUUUAUAAUCAUUCAUUAAUUUAUAAUCAUUUAGCAUUUAAUAAUUUUAUUAUUCAAUUUAAUCAUUAUAAUAAUCAUUAUAACCAUGUAUACAGUAGUCAACAUUCUGUGGAUCAAAGAAGUUCAUCAAAGACAAGAACGGGUAUUGUUUUAGUUUUAGGACAACUUUGAUGAAAAGUUUUGAUCCACUUCAAAUGUUGACUACUGUAUACUAAUUUCAUUGCUUGAUUGUUUUCUUACACUAUUUUCUAUUGUUGUUUAGUCAUAUUACUGUGUUUCAAAGGCUGUUUGUCUUCAUGAAUAAGAGAUAAGAGGGAAUGUAUAUGGAAAUUCAAGGUUUAUGGGAUGUUGUUGUGAAGCAGUUUGGUAUAACACCAUUGUUGGAUUUGUAUUCGUCAGACGAAGUCUGAGCAUUGAAACAUACGCAACUAAGACUAUUCAAUAAACACCUUCUUUAUCAGCAUCA